UUCCCGGAAUUACGCAUGCGCAGAGCUCAGCGGACAAACUGGUGAAUCGGCAGCAGGAAGAAGCGGGACUGCGGCUUCGGGAUUCAUCAGUACUGGUGUCGGCACUGUGGCUAACGGAAAACUGCUGGUUAGAAAUGGUGAAGAAUUUGUGAACGGGAAUCUCAAACUCGAGCACCUCAGGUUUGCUGCGUCUGUGCGGAUUUUAAGGAGUGACCAGAUAUUUCCUCUGUACCACCAAUAUAUUUAUUGUGAUCCUUGGAGAUGAAGAACUAUUACAUUCCAGCUGGGAAUGUGCUUUGUGACUGAGAUGAAGAUUUCUGUUGUGACUCAGUGAAAUCCACUAGAACUGACGUGCUGAGAACACGAGGUCUUCAACUGCAUUGAUUGUAUAAGGGAAUCACUACGUCAAUCAUCUGACUUAAUGAAUUGCUAGAGAAUUGACAGUAGGGAGAUAUCAUUCUCGUUCUGUCACGUGGAAGGGAUUCACUCAGUUAUCUGAACAACUGUCUCACUGUUCAGUUCACCUUGGAGAGAGGCUGUUCACCUCAGAAUGUGGGAAGGAAUCCAUUCAGUCAUCUGACCUACUGACACACCAAUCAGUUCACACUGGGAAAAUGCCGUUUACUUGCUCAGACUGUGGGAAGGGAUUUCCACGGUCACGUCAACUGAAGCUGCAUCAACGAGUUCACACUAGUAAGAAACAAAUUACCUGCUCAGACUGUGGAAAGGGAUUCUCUUUCCCAUCCAACUUACAAAGACAUCAGCGAAUUCACACUGGGGAGAGGCCAUUCACCUGCUCAGACUGUGGGAAGGGAUUCAGUUCAUCAUCUCAGCUGAAGGAACAUGAGCGAGUUCAUACUGGGGAGAGGCCGUUUACCUGCUCAGACUGUGGAAGGGGAUUCUCUUUUUCAUCCAACUUACAAAGACAUCGGCGAGUUCACACUGGGGAGAAACCAUUCAUCUGCUCAGAUUGUGGGAAGAGAUUCACUCACCCAUAUCACCUACUGACACACCGAUCAGUUCACACUGGGAAAAUGCCAUUUACUUGCUCAGACUGUGGAAAGGGAUUCUCUUUCUCAUCCAACUUACAAAGACAUCAGCGAGUUCAUACCGGGGAGAGGCCAUUCACCUGCUCAGACUGUGGGAGGCGAUUCAUUAGCCAAUCUCACCUGCAUUUACAUCGGUCAGUUCACACCGGGGAGAAACCAUUCACCUGUUCAGAAUGUGGGAAGGGAUUCACUCAGUCAUCUGACUUUCUCAGACACCAGUCAGUUCACACUGGGGAGUGGUUGUUCACCUGCUCAGAUUGCGGGAAAGGAUUCAAUUCGUUAUCUGCCCUUCACAGACACCAGUCAGUUCACUCUGGGAAGGGGUUGUUCUCCUGUUCAGAUUGUGGGAAAGGAUUCUAUCGGUUAUCUGAACUGAAAAUACAUCAGCGAAUUCACACUGGGGAGAGGCCAUUCACCUGCUCAGACUGUGGGAAGCGAUUCACUUGGUCAUCUCACCUGUACAGACACCAGCGAGUUCACACUGGGGAGAGACCAUUCACCUGUUCCGUGUGUGGGAAAGGGUUUGCUCGAUCAUCCCACCUACGGAGACACGAAUCAACUCACAGUGAGAAGAAACCUUUCACCUGCUCAGACUGUGGAAAGGGAUUUUCCCAAUCAUCGGACCUACUGACACACCAGUCAGUUCACACGGGAGAGUGGUUGUUCACCUGCUCAGAUUGUGGGAAAGGAUGCAUCUCGUCAUCUCAACUGAAAAUACAUCAGCGAGUUCACACUGGGGAGAAGCCGUUCACCUGCUCAGACUGUGGGAAGGGAUUCGCUCAGUUAUCCACCCUCCAGGCACACCUGCGAGUUCACACUGGAGAGAAACCAUUCACCUGUUCAGACUGUGGUAAGCAAUUCACUCAGACAUCCAGGCUGCAGGCACACCUGCAAGUUCACACUGGUGAGAGGCCAUUCUCCUGCUCUGAAUGUGGGAAGCGAUUCAGUCGUACAUCCGAACUUACGAAACACUACCGAGUUCACAGUGAGGACACAAUUUAAAUAUGCCUCAUGCUGGAUAUUUAACCAAAUUUGCUGAAUCCAGAGACGAAUUCAAAAGAGACUGUUGGUGUUGAACUCCAGUAAUUUUUGCUGCUGCUUAUCACAUCCAGUUCUACAUCCUGGCCUCUGGAACUGAGAGGAAUUUCUUCUGCUGAUGUUCACAUUUAAUCCUUUAAUGGGAGUGGAAAUUAAUUUUCUGGAUCCGUUCUUAAUAAAUCAUUUGUAUUUUAAACUUUGCCUCAGGUACUUAAUGAAUUUACAACUCACCCCAUGUACAAUAGACAGUCAGCUCAGUCCAGCUAGACCCUUUCAGUGUUUCUGUUCCAUGAUAAUCCUUUUAAAUCCAUCCUGCUGUUCACCUCUCACUCGCUCUUUGGUGAUGGGUUCCGGACAGUCUCCACCAUGGCUGAAGAGGUUUUCCUUGAAUUUCCUGCUUGACUUUCUACAGACUGAAGAAGAAGUUAUGUUUCUCUCUCAGAUCUCUUGCCUGAGAAAGAAUAUCCUUGUUGGCCAGAAGGGACUACAGUCUACAAAUUAUUGGAUUUGAAUGAAUCAGGUACAGUGGAAGUAGACAAAAAGAGCAACAGUCUACAAAUCAGUGGAUUCAGAUGAAUCGGGACAGAAGUAGCAGACAAUCCAAAUGUCUUUGUUUCCCCCCAUCUUGUGAACUCUGAACUGAUACUUGCUCGGGGAUAAUCUAAUCAGAGCAAUUGAAUCUGGACAUAAGGAGUUUAAAGUGAUGACCUGCUGAACCUGAGACCAUUCUCAGACAAGUAGCUAUUUAUUAAGUAAAGUUCCAGUCCUACCAAAGAAGCAAUCUGUAGUCACGUUAAAUUGAGUGCUUGGGUCACCUCGUUUAACUGGUUUGGACCAGUCAAGAGUUGAAAGGCACAAACACACAAAGGUGGGAGGGGCAUUAACCAUGGAACAACACUGGUUGUAGCCCUGCACUAGAGUCAGUAAGAAGGUGACCAAAGUCGGUCAGGUGACCUUGAGCCAAUGGGAUGGAAAUACAUUAGUUCAACUGAUGAAGGAAACUAUAAGAAUCUGGAGCUCCAAAUGCAAAAAUGCUGAUAUCUCUCCAGCAACCAGAGACCAACCAUCACGGAUGAGGAGGACGCCACAGACACGUGGAGAUUGGGACCACAAAGAACACCUGUUCAGCAUAGACUCCUUUACUGGGUAAUAACUUUUCUCUCAAUUGACUGUUCAUGGAGGGUCAGGGAAUUCUAGUAGAUAUGCACACAGUUAGCUAGUUUGUGAACCACGUGUUCUUUAGUUGAGAAAAUAAAGGCUACUUCUUGGUAAAUACUCUCUUUUCAGUAUUAUAAGAUCCGUAUAAUAAAAUUGGCAUCCCUGAGGGUGGCUGGAGGAUAAAUCUUUCUCUUCGUUCAAGUCGGGUCAUGAAGAUAGGUAGUUAGCAGUUACUAACCCACAUGAAGAACUCAAGGAAAAUCUGCAAGCUCAAAGGUCUUGGGUUGUUUUGAUUGGAAGGGAUUCCUCUAGAAAUUUGUGUUGAAGUGGCCACAAGGGGACGUCACGUGAUGACGUAGGAUCGAGAUGUGGAAAUCCAGCUCUCCCGUAAAAAACCAGUAAAACAAUGUUUAAGUGAAGAAAAGUUAGUAAAUCCUUUCUAAAAGUUACUUAUAUUAACUACUCAGGAUUGUCCCAAGAUAUGUCUUAUAAACAGAAGCAGAAGAAAACUACAACCUUGAAGACAACAGAAGUUGGAAAAGAAUCAAGGCCGGCCGCCAUGAAAGAGCCGUGGGCUCAAGUGCAUUUUACCUCUGGCGAUACAGAACAGGAAACUGCGACAACAUCAACCGUCUCCAAAAAAAAGAGCAACAGGAAUUGUGCAUGCGUGAAGGAAGGGGCAUGCGCAAACACAAGCAACUUAAACUACAAAUCCCAGCUCCGAUCAGAACAGAAAGUGAAAGUGAAUCUGAGGUAGAUUUAGAUUCUUUGGGAUAAAUCAGACGAAGAUGAAGAGACAAAAUAAGGAAGAACAACAGGAAGAGGUUGGAGGUGAAAGUUUUUCUGGAGACAUAAGAAAAUCUUUGGUGCAAAUAAUGCAUGAAUUAAAAGCAUUAAAAGUAAUAAAAAAAUUUAAAAUAUGAAGACUAUGUUUGAUAAAAUGAUAAAAAGACAGGACAAAAUGGAUAAGAAAAUUAAAAAUUUGGAAGAAACAAGUGACAUCAUUGAUGGAAUGAAUAAAAUGGAAGAUAAUAUUUCUGCCUGGACAUCAGAAAGAAAACAGUUGUUGGAAAAAGUGGAUGUGCUUGAAAAUUUUAACAGACAAAAUAAUAUUAAGAUUGUUGGACUUAAAGACGGUAUAGAGGGAGAGGAUCCAAUAAAUUUUUUUCAAAAAUGGAUCCCGGAAAAUUUCGAAAUGGAAGAAGGAACCCAGUUAAUUGAAAUUGAAAGGGCUCACAGAACCUUAAGACCAAAACCUCAAGUUGAUCAAAACCCACAAUCAAUCUUGAUAAAAUGCUUAAGAUAUCAAGAUAAAGUAAAGAUCCUGAAGGUGGCUGCCCAACGUGAAACAGGCCAUUGAUGAUAGAAGGGAAAGCAGUUCUUUUCUAUCCUGAUAUAAGUUAUGACCUUUUGAAAAGAAUGAAAUUAAUCCAGAGAAAAAAGUUUUAUGGGAAAAUGGUUAUAAAUUUAUAUUGCAUCCAUCACCCGGCAACCCUGAUAAUUUUUUUGGAUGAUGGGAAAAGAAGAUUUUUUAAUGAUUAUCGGGAUGCGGAAGAGUUUGCACAAAAACUCCCAAAUAUUCGCUAACCACAGCCUAAGAUUUAAAAGUGAAAUGGAUUAAAGAUGAAGACAGGGACAGUGAAUGGAGUUGAUGGACAUUUAAGAACAGAAGAAUAUUUAAAUAUAUUCUUAAUUAUAUGAUACAGGGGGAGAAAGGUAAAAAUUUGAGAAAUAUUAAUCGAGAUUAGUGAUAUUAUUUUUUCUUUUCUUAUAUAUACUUUUUAUGUUACGGGGGUGCUGGAGGAACUUCGGAUCGAUUGCUAUGGGAUUCACGUGUGUAAUCAUGGCGAUUGCCAUGACCCGUACAACGGAGGGGGGUAAUGUGCUUUUUUUAUCCACAACAUUAGUAGGGGGGUAUUCUGUUACUUUUUUCUUUAUGAUCUAUUUUUCUUUUAUUUUUCUUUCUUUGCCUGGAUGAUCACAUAGCAACAUGGAGAAUUUUAAAAAGAUUCCCCAAGGUAGUACGAAAGUUGAAAGAUUAGGUAUUAUAGAUUGGAGUAACCCUGUUAAAAAUAAUGACUAAUUUACUGAAUUUUUAAAGUUUUAACGUUAAUGGGCUUAAUGGACCGGUGAAAAGAAAAAGAAUUUUAACAUACAUUAAGAAAAUAAAAAUAGAUAUAGCUGUUUUUUCACAAGAAACACACUUAACAGAGAUAGAACAUCAGAAAUUAAAGAGAGAUUGGGUCGGAAAUGUUAUUGCAGCUUCAUUUAAUUCAAAGGCGAGGGGAGUUGCAAUUUUGAUUAAUAAAACUUUUACCAAUUAAAGGACAAAAUGUAUUAAUUGACUCAGCGGGGAGAUAUGUAAUUAUACAUUGUCAAAUUUUUUCAGGACUAUGGACUCUUAUGAAUAUUUAUGCACCAAAUGAAAAUGAUGUAAAAUUUAUACAAGAGGCCUUUUUGAAUUUGGCUGACGCACACGACAAAAUAUUAAUAGGUGGAGAUUUUAACUUUUGUCUAGACCCAGUUUUAGACAGAUCAACAACGGUUGUUACAAAAGCAAAAGUAGCAAAAUUAACUUUAUCAUUGAUGAAAGAUUUACAUUUGAUUGAUAUAUGGAGAAGAAUUAAUCUGAAAGAAAGAGAUCGUUGGAAGAAUGAAAUUUUCAGCUGCAUUCCACUUGAAAAAAUUGCUUAUAAUUUAAGAGAUAAAUAUGAAAUAUUUCUGAAAAUUUGGCACCCUUAUUUACAAAAGAUAGGAUUAAGUAUAUAGAUGCUCCAAAGAUAAAAUUACUGGUUAUUUGAGGAAAUAAAUAAAUAUAUAUACUAAAGCUAUUAUGAACUCCAUGGAGCAUGUGGGGAUCAUCCGAUAUCCAGUCAUUCUUUCUUUCUUUUUUCUUUUCUCUGUUUUCUCUUCUAUAGGGAUAUGCUGCAGGGAGGGGGGAAGGGUUGAUAAUUUUUUUUUCUUUCUGUAACCUAUUUGAAAACUCAAUAAAAAAAUCUUAUUUAAAAAAAGGAAGUGGCCACAAUAUGA